AUGGAUGUUGAAAAGUAUAUAUCAUAUAUCAAGAAUUCAGUUGUGGAAGAGAAUCAAAUGUACAAGGAUAAGUCAACUCUAAAGGCGGUAAUGGAAAAUUACAAAAUAAAGAAUAGCUUCAAUUUUAAAGUUAAAAGAUUUGAUAACAAAAGCUACGUAUUAGUUUGUUAUUCAGAUGAUUGUUGUUGGAAAUUGAAGGCCUCUGUUAGAAAGAAUUCAGAGACAUUCAUAGUGAGAUACUUUAAUAGUGAACAUACAUGUCCAUUGAGGGAUAGGAUAUUAAGCAAGGUACAAGCUACAGUUGGGUUUGUUAGUGGUGUGACAGCUCCAAAAUUAGGGAAUCAUAAAAGAAAACAUACUCUGAGCAAUAAAAUUGAUGAUAUUAGGGAAAUAUAUGGCGUUGAGAUUUCUUAUCAACAAGCAUGGCGCGCAAAAGAGCGUGCAUUGGAACUUAUAAGAGGUAAACCUGCUGAUGGAUACAGAAACAUGCCAAGAUAUAUAUAUAUGCUGGAAACUGAAUAUCCAAAUUCAUAUAUAAGGAUGCACAAGUCUGAAUACAACGAAUUUAUGUAUCUUUUCAUAUCAUUAAGGCCAAUGAUGAGAGGAUUUGAGUUCUGUAGGCCAGUUGUUGUUGUUGAUGUUUCACAUCUUAGUGGAGCUUAUCGAGGGACAUUUGUGUCUGCUAGUACACUUGAUGGAGCAGGUUGCAUAUUGCCUUUGACUUACAAAAUUGUUGACACGAAAAUGAUUGUUCAUGGACAUGGUUCUUUCAACAGUUUAAGAAUGCAUUUGGUGAGAGGGAAAAAAUGUGUGUUGUAUCUGACAGAAAUGAAAGCAUAA